UUAUCCUUGCGAUUUCUUGUUGAAAAGUAUUGUGCCAUGAGAAAUCGCACAUUAGUGACAGAAUUCAUUCUCCUGGGACUGACAGAUGACCCAGAAUUGCAGGUCUUGAUUUUCAUCUUUCUGAUGCUUACCUAUGUUUUGAGUGUAACUGGCAACUUGACCAUCAUCACUCUCACCUUGCUGGAUUCUCGUCUCAAGACUCCCAUGUACUUCUUUCUCAGGAAUUUCUCCUUCUUAGAAAUAUCUUUUACAUCUGUCUGCAUUCCAAGAUUUUUGGUCACUAUUUUAACUGGGGACCGGACCAUUUCCUAUAAUUCUUGUGCAACUCAGUUAUUUUUUUUUAUCCUCCUUGGCUCAACAGAAUUUUUUCUGCUGGCAGCCAUGUCCUAUGACCGCUAUGUGGCCAUCUGCAAACCCCUACACUACACAACCAUCAUGAGCAGCAAAGUCUGCAGCCAGCUUGUAAUCAGCUCUUGGCUGGCAGGUUUCCUCAUUAUCUUUCCACCAGUCAUCAUGGGCCUCCAACUGGAAUUCUGUGACUCUAAUGUCAUUGAUCACUUCACUUGUGAUUCUUCUCCAAUGCUGAUGAUCUCUUGCACAGACACCAAGGUCUUAGAAGUCAUGAGUUUUUUCUUGGCUGUGUUUACACUCAUAUUUACAUUGGUAUUAGUGAUUUUGUCCUACACAUAUAUCCUUAGAACCAUUCUGAGAUUCCCCUCUGCCCAGCAAAGGAAAAAGGCCUUUUCUACUUGUUCCUCCCAUAUGAUUGUUGUCUCCAUCUCUUAUGGAAGCUGCAUCUUCAUGUAUGUCAAACCCUCAGCAAAGGAAGGAGUGGCUAUGACCAAAGGGGUAGCUGUGCUAAAUACCUCUGUUGCUCCCAUGCUGAACCCCUUCAUUUAUACACUAAGGAACCAGCAAGUGAAACAAGCCUUUAAAGAGUUGGUCAAAAAGAUUUUUAACUCAAAUGCAUAA